AUGGCCACCGCCGAACACUGCCUCUACUGCUUCGAGACCCUCGCAGCGAAGCUCGAGAACCGCAAAGGACUAGACCUGGAAGAGGUACAGAACUCCUUCACCGAGUACUCCGCCUUCCUCGCCUCCGACGACGCCGCCGAAGCCAAGUCCAACAAGCCCGUCAAGAAGCUGCCCGCCCUGCGCCGCCUUGUCGGCAACACCAGCUCCUCUAGCUCCUCGUCCUCGUCCACAUCCUCCCUGCAGUCUCCCGAGUCCGCAUCGGGCAGCUCCAGCUCCACCUCCCUGUCAGCAAACACCUCAGCGACGUCCGUGGUCGGCGGCGGCGCAGCCGAGCCCGUGACGGACCCGGACGCCGAGUACCCGCUGUUCGUGACGUGGAACAAGGCCGCGGGCGGGGGCGAGUACCACCUGCGGGGGUGCAUCGGGACGUUCGAGGCGCAGCCGCUGGCCGAGGGCCUGUCGUCGUACGCGGUGAUCGCGGCGCUGCACGACAGCCGCUUCAGCCGCGUGUCGGCGCGCGAGCUCCCCUCGCUGCAGGUUGCCGUCACGCUGCUGACCGACUUCGAGGACGCCGCCGAGAUCCUCGACUGGGAGCUCGGCACCCACGGCAUCCGCAUAUCUUUCCAGUGGGACGGCCGUCGCCACGGCGCCACCUACCUUCCCGACGUCGCUACCGAGCAGGGCUGGACCAAGGAGCAGACCCUCGUCAGCCUGAUGCGCAAGGCCGGCUGGGAGGGCAGGCGGGACCGGUGGAGGGAGGUCGCGGACGCCGGCGCUAUGAAGGUCGUUAGGUACCGCGGCGACAAGGAGCAGCUCCUGUACGACGAGUACAGGGGCUGGAGGGAGUGGGCCGACGAGCAUUGGGAGCUUUGA